GAGCGCCGCGCGGUGGCUGCUGGGUGUCGCGCGCUUCCGCUUCCGCUUCUGCCUUCUCCCGCGGUUCCCGCCCCUUCGGCCGCUCCGGCGUGACUCGGCACUGAGCGCCCGCCCGGGGAGUCGCCGCCGCUGCAGCCACCCCGGUUGCCUCCUCCCGGCCCGUCGUCUCUUUGUGCUUUCGAAGCCGGUGGCGGAGAAUGGUGGGAGUGAAGCCGGUCGGGAGCGACCCGGAUUUCCAGCCGGAGCUGAGCGGCGCCGGCUCGAGGCUCGCCGUGGUCAAGUUCACCAUGCGAGGGUGUGGACCAUGUUUAAGGAUUGCACCAGCCUUCAGUUCUAUGAGUAAUAAGUAUCCACAAGCAGUUUUCUUGGAAGUUGAUGUACAUCAGUGUCAGGGAACAGCUGCCACCAACAAUAUAUCAGCCACACCUACGUUUUUGUUUUUUCGGAACAAAGUGAGAAUCGAUCAGUAUCAAGGAGCAGAUGCUGUGGGAUUAGAAGAAAAAAUCAAACAGCAUUUAGAAAAUGAUCCUGGUAGCAACGAGGAUGCAGAUAUUCCGAAAGGCUAUAUGGAUUUAAUGCCUUUUAUUAACAAAGCUGGUUGUGAGUGUCUUAAUGAAAGUGAUGAGCAUGGAUUUGACAACUGUUUACGAAAAGACUCAAGCUUCUUGGAAUCCGAUUGUGAUGAACAGCUACUUAUCACUGUGGCAUUCAAUCAACCUGUUAAGCUUUAUUCAAUGAAAUUUCAGGGACCAGAUAAUGGUCAAGGUCCUAAAUAUGUAAAAAUUUUUAUCAAUCUGCCCCGAUCUAUGGAUUUUGAAGAGGCAGAAAGAAGUGAGCCUACUCAAGCUCUGGAACUAACAGAGGAUGAUAUUAAAGAAGAUGGCAUUGUCCCACUUCGAUAUGUGAAGUUUCAAAAUGUUAACAGUGUAACUAUAUUUGUUCAGUCCAAUCAAGGUGAAGAAGAAACAACAAGAGUUUCAUAUUUUACUUUUAUUGGAACUCCAGUCCAGGCAACAAAUAUGAAUGAUUUCAAACGAGUUGUUGGCAAAAAAGGAGAAAGCCACUAAGGUACAGAAGACACUGGAAGACCUUAUUGCAAGCAGAUCUACAGCUCCUGGAUAAUUGCUUGAUUCGUACCAGAGACUGUCAAUGUUCCAUUCAUUGCCAUUACCAAUAAAUAAAUCACUGCUUUUCUUCAGAUGGUAUCACUAGUGUUUCUAUUGUAAUCUUGAUACAUGCAAUUGUAAAUAAAAAGUCCUUACUUUUGCCAAGCUUAA